CUCUGGACGCCACAUGCGCAACAAGUCCGAGGGCGCACAGACUGCAGCGACGGCAGUGGCUGGGAACCCGGCGCGCUGCGGCUCACAGGGGAAAAACUUGACGCUGAGAUCAAGGAUACAUUUUGAUUGGCCUAUUCAUCCUCAUUCUGGUUUAGGCUGAAGAACGCACAGGGACUAAGUUUAUCGCAACUUUCGGAGGUGCGUCACUGGAAGUUUUCUUUACGCAUGGAAAAAACAGCGAAGAUACUUUGGAUUUGUUCUAAAAGCAUGGAAAGUAUACAGUGGUGGGAUUUUAUUUUUGUUUUACAGGUAGAAGUUUUAUAGAGGAUUUUAAGCUCUUGUGACUCAGCAGGUGACCGACGCGGUGUGGGAUUUUGUCUCGAUUUUACUCCACUUUUACUAAAGGCGGUGUGAGAUGGUCCCGACUAGUUCCAGAGGCUGGAAUGACACAAUUUGAAGAGAAGAGGGUCCCCUCUUUAAAAGCAGCACUAAGCCACGAUGAGAUCGCCGAGUUUCAUCUGGCUAACAGCCCUGUUGUGGGAGGCGAGCCAGAGCAGCCGAAACUGCCCGGACCUGAUCGUUGACAGCUGUCACUGCUCGGCUGAUAGGUACAAGGAGCUGAGCAGGCACCACGUUCGAGUCAAAGUGCUGUGUGAUGAUGUGGACUUGAUGGACACUCUGCCCCCCAGCUUCCUCCCAAACAGAACUGUUUUCCUAGACCUGAGUAACAACAAGAUUUCUCUGCUGAGAAACGGGUCCUUCUAUGGCUUGGCUGCCCUGGAAAAGCUGUACCUGAAGAAUAAUCUGAUAAGUACUGUGGAGCCUGGAGCUUUCCGUGGUCUUUUGGCCUUAAGGAAACUGGAUCUGUCUGACAACAGAAUUGGCUGUCUCUCACCUGAGAUGUUUCUUGAUCUGGGCACACUCUCAAAAUUGAAUUUGUCUGGGAACAUUUUCUCCACACUCUCGACGGGACUCUUCACAAACCUCCAGGAUCUUAGAAUACUGACCUUUGGCACUGAGACGUUGUUCUGUGACUGUCAGCUGAAGUGGCUGCUCCUUUGGGCUCAACAGAACUCAGUGAGGGUUGGUAAUGACACGGUCUGCGUUUUCCCAACCCACCUCCAUGGCCUGGAGUUCCGCAACCUUCGAGAACAGCAGUUAAAAUGUGAUGGUCCUUUGGAGAUGCCGCUUUUCCAGCUCAUCCCUUCCCAAAGGCAGCUUGUUUUCCGUGGUGACCAACUACCCCUGCAGUGCACCGCUUCUUACCUUGACCAGUCGGUGGAGUUACGAUGGCGUCACAAUGGCCACGUCGUGAUCACACAGGAGGACAUGGGAAUCUAUGUAGAGAAGACCCUGCUUCAUGACUGUUGCUUGCUCACCAGUGAGGUUAUCCUGUCCAAUAUCGAUGUAGCCCUCGCCGGCAACUGGGAGUGUCUGGUGACCAGUUCCAGAGGAAACACCUCUAAGCAAAUGGAAAUAGUUGUAGUGGAGACUUCGGCCCCGUACUGCCCUGCAGACAGAGUCUCCAACAACAAGGGAGAUUUCAGAUGGCCGAAAACUCUGGCUGGCAUCCUAGCCUUCCUGCCGUGUGCUCCUGCAACCUUUGGAUCUGCCCCCAACCCCUCUGGCAGCUCUUCCCACCCCUCCGGCCAAAGGCAGAAGAAAGCAUGGCGUCGUUGUGAUCGAGCUGGGCGGUGGGCUGAAGAGGACUAUACUCAGUGCCCAUAUGCUAGUGAAUUGACCCGCGUGCUGCAUCAGCUCACUCAGAUACCCAUUAAUAUCAGCAAUGCUCAGCCUUUGGGUCAGCAGUUAGUGGCUUUUACCAACAGGGCUGCACACUUUACUGAUGUUAUGGACGUCAUCUUUGUCACUCACCUUGUGGAAAGACUAACAAGGCUGCUGGAGAAGCAGAAAGACCUGGGGGACUACAUUUCAGACAUAGCCAGUAACAUGAUGCUAGUUGAAGAGCACAUCUUGUGGAUGGCGCAGAAUGAGGCCAGAGCAUGUACUCGCAUUGUCCAGUGUGUGGAGCGUAUUGCCGACUUGGCGCUCACAGAGGACAAUCGGGUCAUUUCUAAGGUAUCUGCUAACAUAGCUCUGGAGGCUCUUCUGAUCAAGCCAUCAAACUUUCUUGGUCUAUCCUGCACGGCACUCCAGCAGAGCCCCACAUCGGCCAAGUUUCCCAUCCGGCAUGACCAUUCCUACCCCAUCAAGGACAAACAGGGAGAACAUGAAGCCACUGGAGAGUCGUUGCUCAGUUUCAAAUGCCACACUGUCAACAAUAGCGCCUUGCCAGCUAGUCAGCUCAGCAAGAACUCCGUGGCAGUCGCCUCGAUCCAUUUACCGCUGGCUGGUCCGUCUGUCUCCUCCUCUGCGUUGCAAUCUGUUGAUAACUCCACUUGCAGGCUGCAGUUCGUUCUGUUUCGCAAUGGGAAACUCUUUCCCUGCACAGGGAAUUCGUCAAACCUCGCAGACGAUGGGAAGCGCAGGAGCGUCUCGACACCAGUUGCUUUUGCCAAAUUAGAUGGGUGCAGCCGCGGCAGCGCCGUGCACUCCAUUACCGUUGCUCUCAGGCACUUCGCGCUGGGUGUAGACCCAACCGCAGCCUACUGGGAUUUUGACCUGCUGGAUGGACACGGUGGUUGGAGGGCAGAGGGCUGCCACAUAACCGCCUCCGGGGGCAAUACGACCACUAUUCACUGCAACCGUCACAAGAACUUUGCCGUUCUAAUGGAUCUGAAGAAGGUGCUGUCUUUUCCCCCGUACCCAGGGGAGUUUUUGCACCCGGUUGUGUAUGCCUGCACGGCGGUCAUGUUGCUCUGCCUCUUCGCCUCCAUCAUCACCUACAUCGUGCAUCACGGCGCUGUCCGCAUCAGUCGGAAAGGAUGGCACAUGCUUCUCAACUUUUGUUUCCACACGGCUCUGACCUUCGCCGUGUUUGCCGGUGGCAUCAAUCGAAUCAAGUACCCCAUCAUCUGUCAAACAGUCGGGUUCGUGUUGCACUACUCGUCUCUGUCGACGAUGCUGUGGCUCGGGGUGACAGCCAGGAACAUUUAUAAGCAGGUGACCAAGAAGUCCCCACAGAGUCUGGACGGUGACCCACCUUCACCUCCUAAACAGCCGCUGUUGAGAUUUUAUUUAGUCAGUGGUGGAGUGCCUCUCAUCAUCUGUGGCGUCACAGCAGCUGUUAAUAUAGAAAACUAUGGAAGCGGGGAGCAAGCACCAUACUGUUGGAUGGCAUGGGAGCCCAGCCUGGGAGCCUUCUUUGGUCCUGUGGCCUUCAUUGUGCUGGUGACAUGCAUCUACUUCCUCUGCACCUUCAUUCAGCUCUGGCGGCAUCCUGAGAAGAAGUACGAACUCAAGCAGCUGACAGAGGAGCAUCAGAGGCUGGCUGCCGGUGAUGUGCCGACCCACUGUCACCAGGGAGCCGAGCCAGGAGCGCUAGCAGCCCCAUCUGGUGGGACCAACUGCCCCGCUGGCUGCCCCGGCAUCCCCAUCAACCCUGCACUGCUGGCCAAUGAGCACUCCUUCAAAGCUCAGCUACGAACUGCAGCCUUUACCCUUUUCUUGUUCCUGGCCACAUGGACUUUUGGUGCGUUGGCCGUGUCACAGGGACACUUCCUGGACAUGAUCUUCAGCUGCCUUUAUGGUGCCUUCUCCGUCACUCUCGGCCUCUUCAUCCUCAUCCAUCACUGUGCCAAGCGUGACGAUGUCUGGCACUGCUGGUGUUCCUGUUGUCCUGGAAGACGUGCCAAUGCCUGCCCUGGUGUGCAGGGGUCUGCUCAAACAAGGCCCAAAGUGAACGUGAAUGGAGACACCCCAGGACAUGGUCACGGUCAUAGUCACUGCCACCAUGACUCACCGUGUCAGGCUAAAGCACUGCUGAGCUGCAGCCACAGCGGGUUGGGUCACUGUAAACAUGCUGCUCUUCCAUCCUCACAAAAUCACGUGACGUGUGUGGCACCGGUAACUCCAUGCUGUGCCGCCCUUCACAGCCAGCAGCUGAUGGAGGAAGAGCCCACUGCCACCCAUGUGCUGCUCCACUCUGAACCGGGGAUCCAACUGCACCCUUGUCUCAAAAGCAGCACCAGGACUAAAGGUCGUCAAUUUGGCCGCAAGGCUGGGGCUGCUGCCUGCGGUGCAGGGAGCGACAGGGAAUAUGCCUAUCAUAUUCCUUCCAGCGCAGAUGGGGGAAGCAUGCACAGCUCACACACUGACAGCCCCCACAGCACACGUGAGCGGCACGCCCACAUCUGUCCGCAUCUGGCCCAUGAAGGCCACCACGAGGGGCAUCACACAUGCCAUGCUACUGCAGCCACCCUGCAUGAGUCUUUGGCGUGCCAUAAUCCUUGCCACAGGCAUAUUUGCUGUUCCAAGGCAGACAUUUUUUCUUCUCUGUGUCCGGCAGAAUCAGGGGACACAGGAGUCUUCCUGUGUGGCUGCAGUAAAGUAGCCGAGGAGGAACCAGUGGCAACACAUCACCAUCUGGAGGUGCAUGCCCCACGCAGACAAUCAUGCCCCCAAAACCCACCCAGUCAGAAUGGGAUUCUAAAGGGAGCCAUGCAUGAAGGACUUCAGUACACCUCAGACAGCACAGGGAAUAUACGCACUGGCCCCUGGAAGAAUGAAACUACUGUAUAGGGCAGGAACACCAAACAUUACCGGCGGCAUUCCGCUUCAUCCUGCCAAAAUGAAUUUUGCCUCCCUUUCUACAUAAAAAAGUGAAAUAGCAUUUUAAACAUCACAAUCAAUGUGGAAAUUUUUUUAUUUCAAUAUCCACAUGUUUUUAUGUGUGCUGUGUUCUUGUACAGAAAUCUUAUGUCAUGCAAUCGCCUUCAGAGGUGUAUCCAUAGACCGAAGAAAAUCACUUUCAACACUAACAGUUUGUGAAAUGUGUCUCACAUUUUACCAUCAGAUUUAACUAAAGGUAUUCCCUCUGCUACGUAUUACUACAGAUCUAUCUCUCUAUAUAUAUAUUCAAAAAAAUGAAUGGUUGUAUGUGUGAUUAUGUGUGUUAGUGCUCAAAGGCAACAAGCUGCAAGAUGUUUUUACUCUGAGUCUGAAACUACCAAUAGUCUACGUUGACAGUGAAUCUCCAGUACUUUGGCAUUCAUGUUCUAGACGACUAAACCAGCAAUUUUAGACUUCAUAAGGGUAUUUUUGCCAUCACAACUGUGAAUACCUUCUAGAGAUUUUCUAAAUAAUAAACAAAGAUACCUUUGCUUGGCAGAGUUGUGUGGGUGCCAGUUUAGUUGUAGAAAAAUCACAGCAGAAAAAGCGAAGUGAAAACUGUCCGUGCUCCUAUCCAGGUUUCUAUUGAUUGUGAUGUCUUUAUGAUGUCUUCACGUUAGUGUUUCCCUCUUCCUGAAAAGAAUAAAUCGACGGCACAUCAGGAGGAACGGCAAUGUCACUGUGGAUGGUGAGCUGAUGUCAGCGAGUUAUUGGAUUCAGUCCAUUUACUCAAAGUCAGGUCAUGACAAUGCAUUAUUGGUCAGAUUUUUAUUCUUUUCAUCUCAGUUUGCACGUUUCUCUUGACAAUAUCACAACUGCUUUUAAAUACGAACAUUAACAGCAACAAAAUGUUUGAAUGUGAUCAUUGGAAUCAAACAACAAGCUGCUAAAGGGGCCACUUUGAGAAGCCUGCAAAGGAGUGAUGUUCCUUAUUUUCCUUGCAUACAAAAAUAGGUUUAGUCUCUCAUCCUACGCAGAACUGGACAAAGCCAAAUAACAAAACACUGACUGAAACAAGAGCAAAUAUAGUCCAUUUAUAAUCCAGUUUUUUGUAUGUCAUGAACAAAAGCUCCACAUUGUGCACAUGCUGUUAAUUACUUUGAUCCUGUACAUCGGUUGCUGCUGGCAUUAUGUCAUUUUUGCCACAUCCUUACAUGUAUUCUCCUCCCAAACAAAUGUCUGCUUUAUUUUCCAUUAAUAAUCUGCAUUUGGCCAGAGUUUAAACACCUGCAACUCCGGUCAGACGUUUAUCUGCACUUAUCAUUGGCAGUGAUUUUAUACUUCUAAUGAUUUUUUCUUAUGCAUUCUUCUGAGGCUUGAGUGAUAAUCCAACAAAAAAAAUAUCUUUACGGAUUUUAACCUGAUUAGGUACAGAAGACUGAAUUAAUUGGGGAUUUUCUUCAAUCUAACUAGGGUCAUAAUUAUAUACCAGCUUAAAUGCAGUUAAAAAUGUUUGAUAAAGCAAGUUGCACCUUGAUCAUCAAUAAACUUCUAGCAACUUUGUUGCCGCAUGAUGGAAUUUCGUAUCAGUAAAGUUAAAGAUUAUUUAAGUUAUGUCUUGACAUAUAAUUUUUAGCAUGGUUGCUAAAAUGUCAAUGAGGUUGGACCUCUCCAGAGACAUAAUGUUAGCCUAGGGUAUGCAUUUUAAAAACAGUUUUGUUGCGUUUUGCUAAUCUUUAUGCUGUUUAAACACCCAGUUAUGCGAUUCUCAAAAAUUUUGCUACUUAUAGGUAGUUCUUAGUUCAACAGACCCAUGCUACUACCACCAUGCUUGAUAGUUGAACUUACAAGUGUCAGUUUUGGAGCAGGAGCUUCUUUAUUGGUUGGAACCUAAUUAGUCCAUGUUCAUGUAAACCUGGCUCCACCUAAGAACACAGUGACAACUGUCAAACACAGUGGUUGUAAUUAACAUACUGUGUGGCUACUUGAACACAAUUGAUGUUCCAACAGGGCAAAGAUCCCAAACACACACAAACCACUUUUACAAAACAAAAGCAGGAUUAAGUCUCACUGUAUUUUGUGAAAGAACCAAGAUGGGGGUUGAAUUAAUGUGUAAUAUGCUCUAUAUUGACCCAGCUGAGCUUCACUCCAUGCCUCUUUUGGCUCUGUGAUGAUGUCUUGAUUUUUGAAAGGUCACGUGUAUAGGAUAUUGUCUACUUGAUUUGUGAUUUAUAAGUGAAGAGAGGCAGCUGGGAGAAUAACUCUUUGCAGUUUUAGAGGCUAUAAACACGUCUUUAGGAAAGAAUAUAACAGGUAAACAUUAUUUUUUCUGGAAUGGCCUCUAAAUAGCCACAACCUCAACGCUAUUAUAAUUGGGUGCACUUUGUUUAAUUUUGACUAUGUGUGGACAGAGAAAGACCAUAAUAAAAUAAAACCCGUACACCCAG